AUGGCCAAAACUAUUACAUCCACUUUGGCAGACACUCUGGAGAACCUGUCAAAGGGGGAUUUUGAGAGGUUCUGGCACCAGGUUCUUGACCGCAGAGAAGAGCCGCGGGUGAAACGCAACAGGGUGGAGAACAAAAGCCGUCUGGAGAUCACAGACGUGCUGGUGUCUGCUUUUACCGAGGAGGGGGCUCUGACGGUGGCUCUCGAGAUCCUGGAAGCGAUCGGCUGCAAUCAGCCGGCGAAAGAACUUGGGGCCCAUCAGCCGCAGCAGCAGCUCACGUUACCUCCUGACGUCCCCAUGGAUACUGAGAGGACCCAUGAGCCACUGCCCACCUCUCUUCCUGAUCAGUCAGACUACUACAAACUGACUCAUAUCCCACGUGGUUGGUGCGUGGUCUUCAACAAUGAGAAAUUUACAGGAGGUCUGAAUAAUCGAAGUGGAACUCAGAAGGAUGCAGAUACUCUGACAGAAGUGUUCACUCACUUUGGUUUUCAAGUGAAGAUACACAACAACCUGACUGCGGAUAACAUGAAAAAGGAAAUAAAUGAUCUUGGCGAGAUUAAUUUUUCAAAUCAUGAUGCCUUGGUGGUGUGCGUUCUUUCACAUGGAGAAAAGGGGUGUGUCUUUGGCACUGAUGGGGAAAGGGUGCUCCUGGAAGAGCUGACGGACCCCUUUACAAGUGGAAGAGCCUCAACCUUGGCAGGGAAGCCCAAACUCUUCUUCAUUCAAGCCUGUCAGGGUGAUGAAUACCAGAAAGGAUACCGUCCCUGCAGCAGAGAGGACGAGAACCAAAACAAAGGAGCACUGCAAUCAGACGCCUCAGUCCCUGAUGAGGCAGUGCUAGUGCCUGAACGAGCAGACUUUCUGAUCGGCAUGGCCACAGUAGAGGAGUGCAAGUGCUUUCGAAACACAGUCACGGGAUCUAUCUACAUCCAGGAGCUGUGCAAGCAGCUGACAAUAGCAGCAAGAAGCCAGGCGAUGGACGAUAUUCACACUGUCCUGACACGUGUGAACGGGGAGAUCAGCGAAGGAGAGUAUUCAACCCACAAACAAAUGCCGGAGCCCAAAUACACUCUCACCAAGAAGCUUGUCCUCAAAUAUAUAUGA